AUGCAGAUGGAGAGGAGCGAGGAGGAGACGCGGCGGAUCUUCAUGGAGUGGAAGGCCGAGCACGGCAAGACCUACAGCUCGGUCGCUGAGGAGGAGCACAGGUACGACAUGUUCAAGCACCGCCUCCGCGACAUCGACCAGGGGUGGCACAAGAGGGGUUACUCUGCCUGGUCCUGGGACAGGGAGAGGCGCGAGGAGGAAACCCGGCGGAUUUUCGUGGAGUGGAAGGCCAUGAACGACAAGAUCUACAGCUCCAUCGAGAACGAGGAGCACCGGUACGCCAUAUUCAAGGACGCCCUCCGUGAAGUAGAUUGGAACAACGCCGGCUACGCCAUAGGGGUCGACACUAACUACCAGGGCAUCAACAAGUUCACCGACCUCACAGAGGAGGAGAGCAAUGCCGUUUGCUGCGGGUUCAUCCCGAAGGGCUCCGAGCCAUCGCCGGCCGACUUAAGCAGGGUGGCCGAGAUCCAGGAGCGAUUGCGGCUAGUAUAUGCCCCUCCAUCCCUUUGGGCUUAUUGACAUUAAAGAUAUCAUUUAUAGUGUAUCUAUUUCUACAUAUGGAAGGUCAAUAAAUUCUC